GUCAAGUCAACAAUCAAAUCAACAACAAAAAUAGGAUUUUAAUUUAAUUUAAAAUAAUUUACUUUUAUAGUUAAUUUACAUACUGUUUGUAUUUAAUAUAGUUAAAAAUGGAGUUUAUAGAACUUAUCCUUAUUAAUAAACUAGACGGGGUAAUUUUAAAGUAUCCACGUCAUGAAAAUAUUGAUGGAACUGUAUGUAUAACUGGUCAUCACCUUAUUUUAAGUGCGAGAAAAGAAGGUGUACGAGAAUUAUGGUUGCUCCACAAAAAUAUAGAUUGCAUAGAAAAGAAAGAAAACAAACCUAUCAAUGGAGUCCUCCAAGGCGGCUCCUUAUUCCUGAAGUGUAAAGAUCUCAGAAUAUUCCAGCUCGACAUCAGCUCAAACACAGAACUGAACCUGUUAGCUCAGACUCUAGAGAAUCUGUCUAGAGUGGAUGACCCUAGGCUGUUCUACCCAUUCUUCUAUAGACACAUGCAACCUAUAAUGGAAAAUGGAUAUACAUUAUACAGUUUAGAAGGAGAAUUUACAAAAGUGUUGUCAUCUGAGGAUUGGAGGGCAUCACGGGUGAACCAAAGAUUCACAGUAUGUCCAAGCUAUGGCAAAGUCGUGAUUGUUCCUAAAGUAAUUGAUGAUGACACCCUGGCUGUGGCUGCCACCUUCAGGCAGGGGGGGAGGUUCCCUGUUCUCUCCUACAGGCAUAAUAAUGGGGCAGUACUAAUGCGCGCCGGGCAGCCUCUCUACGGGCCCAAACACCGGCGGUGCAGGCAGGACGAGAACAUCCUCAACUCUAUAGUUGGAGUGGGCAUGAAGGGCGUCAUCUAUGAUCUGAGGAGCAGCAGUGCCAUAGCACAGCAGCAGAAUAAAGGUGGAGGCACAGAAUCUACGUCAAACUAUUCCCAGUGGAAGAUCUACAACAGAUCUAUGGACGAAGUGGACAACCAGGAGCAACUACUCUCCAGCUUUUCUAAACUUAUUGAAGCGUGCAACGACCGCGACAUAUCGAGUGACAAGUGGGUGUCGCGGCUGGAGGCGUGCGGCUGGCCCGAGACCGUGCGCAACGCGCUGCACACCGCCUGCAUCGUCGCACAGCAUAUACACCAGAAAGCUGAGCCAGUCCUGAUCCACGGCACGAAGGGUCAAGACGCCACGUUGCUAAUCUGCUCUCUUGUGCAAAUCAUUCUCAACCCGGACUGCAGAACUAUUAGAGGCCUGCAAGCGCUAAUCGAGCGCGAGUGGCUGCAAGCCGGGCACCCCUUCACCUCCCGGGCCGCCGCCGGCGCCUACUGCAGCUGCCCGCAAGCCGCCCCCACCUUCCCGCUGCUGCUCGACUGCAUCAGGCAGUUCCUGGAGCAGUUCCCCUGCAGCUUCGAGUACCGGCAGUGCUAUCUGAUCGACCUGUUUGAGCACUCGUAUGCUAGUCAAUAUGGCACAUUCCUAGGCGACUGCGAGCAAGAGCGCGAGUCUCUCUCCGUGUACACAGCCAGCACGAGCCUCUGGUCGUGGCUGAACCAGCCGGCGGAGCUGCAGCAGUACCUGAACCCGCUGUACGAGCCCUCGCCCCACGUCAUCUGGCCCUCCGUCGCGCCCAUGACCUAUGUUAUAUGGGAAGAGCUAUACCUACGCUGGCUGGUGGAACAGCACACAGAGGAGAUAGAAGAGCAGUACCGCCGCAUCAGGUCGAAAGAACAAGAGUUGCGCGGCCAAGCGCUGCAGCUGCGGCGGGAGCUCACGGAACUAGCCACGCAGUACUACCAACCUGACCAGCGCAAGGACAAGUAACGGUUAGCUUUUUAAUUUCAACUUCCGGUUUCUCUAUGGAUAUACGAGGUUGUCUGUGACUGGUGACCUCUAUGGAUUUAAUUUUUUUCUUUUGCGUUAUCAUGAAACGUUUCUGUGUAUGGAUUUUACACAUCAACAACAAUUUUAUUUUUACGUAUUGGGUUACUCAUGUAUAGUGUAAUACUAAUAAGUGAAUGAGAAAACAUACAGGAAUAUGCUAGAUAGGAAUGGUAGCUAGGCUUCAAAUUAAAUAACAACAGAAGUAAAUUACACCCACCUAUGUAUUAAGUGCAAUAAGAUCCGCAGUUUAGUAAAAUAUAAUAUAAUUUAAUGAAUUGAAUCUAAAAACGACCUGGCGUUCCAAAUGGCCUCAUGGUAGAGUUUAAGAAAUGUAAUUUUUUUUAUUAGCGUCGGUGCUAACAAGCGAUGAAAAAUUAAAAAAAAGUGCUAAGAGUAAGCUUUAAUGAUUCUUACCUUUUAAUAUUAUAAAUAACAUUAUUGAAUCUUAAUUUAUUGGGCUAAACAUUAUUGAAUCUUAAUUUAUUAUAACUUCUGUUUUAUCUCGUAACUAAUGGUUUUGACAGUAACUAUUUAAAGUUAUAACAGAGGGCGCUACAAAUAAAUAUUCAAGUUUAGGCAAGUUCCUAUCGCGUCAAUUUCUAAGACACAAAAAAUAGAUUUUUCAAAAUCUAUAAUAAAUAUUAAAUACAUACUUAAAAAAGCAAAGAUGAUACAUUGUUUUUUGAAAAUUGUAAACAUGCAAUUGCAGCAUAAUAAUUUUUAAUUGUAAUACUUAAUUUAAAAAAAAUAUAAUAAUGUUUUACCAGCAAGACAUUCCAAGCUAUGGCAGGGUAAUGUAAAGCUUAGCAUAUGUGUAUAAAUAUUUAAAUGUGUAUUUAAUUUUUAAAUAUGUUAAGCAAUGUAUAAUUUUCACCCAGUUUU